GCUCUGGGCAAUAAGGCAGCCAUUUUUUUCACGCUUUGUAAAAAUCUUUUUAAAAGUCGUGAAAAACGCUGAAAAGUUUACGAAAUAGCGAUCGGCGUGUUGUAAAAGUUUGUGGAUACCAAUCAAAGCAUGCAAAUCUGAAGUUCGUGAGUGUCCGCCGUGAGUGAAACGAAUAAUUGAAUAUGGAAACUGUCGUGGCUUUCAACAAUGAGCUCUCUGGACUCUAUGAUAGCCGGCCGCCAAUUUCUAAGGCUAAGAUGGCCGCAAUCACCCGGUCGGCGAUGAGAGCCAUUAAAUUCUACAAGCACGUCGUGCAGAGCGUGGAAAAGUUCAUUCUCAAGUGCAAGCCGGAGUACAAGGUGCCAGGCCUCUAUGUGAUCGACUCAAUAGUGCGCCAGUCACGGCAUCAGUAUGGCACCGAUAAGGACGUCUUCGCGCCCCGCUUCCAACGCAACCUGACGGAGACGUUCGCCAAUCUGUUUCGGUGCGCGCCUGAGGACAAGAGCCGAAUUAUCCGGGUGCUGAACCUGUCAAAAAACAACGUCUUCAAGUCGGAGGUCAUCCAGCCGAUCUUCGACCUCGCCGACCCCAAUCAUCCCAUCUAUCACCAGAUGCCGCCGAUCGGCCCUGGCGGUGGCUCCGGCGGCGGCGUGGGUCCCGGUCCUAGCAGUAGCAGUAAUGCCCUCAGCUUGGCGGACAUCUCAAGCGGCCCAAACGGGUUGCUUAACACCUCGGGCAUGAGUGGCAUGGAGAUCAGCAUGAGCAGUGCCAUCGGAGACGACAAAAUGGGAGGAGCCAUGCCGGACUUGUCGCUGGGUCAUGAGAAGUUCGGUGGUGGCGGCAGCGGCAGCUCCAAGCGCCACUACUCGGAGCAACAUUACUCCAAGCGUCAGUCCGGGGCUUCUUGCUCAAGCAAAUCCAGCAAGUCGCACCACCACAAGAGGGAGCACAGCAAGAGCACGCACGACCUCGAUUACCGGGUGCGGGAGAUUAUCGAGGAUGAGGAUGAUGGCAUGCUGAUGGCCGAUGACCACCACUGCAUGGGCGACGACUCGCCGCCCACUUCCUCCAAGCUAUUAGACAACAACAAUCUCAAGCAGCUACUCAACGAUCCCAACGUACUGCGGCAGCUGCAGACGCUGCAGAACUUUCAGAAGUUUAAGCAGCAGGAGGAGAACCAAAAGCACCGGUAUCCGGACGAGGCUUUACAGCAGCAUUUUCAAAAUGUUAUGAAGGGCACUGCCGGCAUGCCGCCUGGCAUGGGGAUGGGCAUGGGAAUGAAUAUGGGUAUGAACCUCAAUGACGGCAUGGACCUCAACAAGGAUGUGGAGUUCAUAUCAGAGCAGCAGACCAUUGAGGUGAUCAACCUGGAUGGUGCCGAUUCGCGCAGUCCGACCCCGGACCGUGAUCGAUACAAGCGGAGCCGCCGGAGCAGUCGCAGCCGUUCUAGGUCGCCGCGCGGACGAGGCGCUGGCGGAGGCGGAGGAGGAGGCGGCCCGGGAAACGAUCGGCGGCGACGCAGCUCCCGUUCAAGAUCCCGCACUCGGUCGCCACGCUCCAGUCGGCGACGAGGAUCACGGGACAGGGAUCGCAUGGAACGCAGCAACCGGGACAAGGAGCGAGACCGAGAGCACGAACGGGAGCGCCGCAAAAAGGGUCUGCCGGAUAUUAAAAAGGAGCACCUCAGUGUGUGCAGUACUACGUUGUGGGUAGGACACCUGUCGAAGCUUGUUUACCAAGAGGAGCUAUCCGACACCUUUGGCGAAUAUGGCGAUAUAGUUAGCAUCGAUCAGAUUGUGCCGCGAGGAUGCGCUUUCAUAGUAAUGAAUCGUCGCCAGGAUGCCCACAAAGCAAUGCAGGCGCUGAAAAAUCACAAGCUCCAGGGACGUGCCAUCACCAUCUCUUGGGCGGCCGGCAAGGGAGUGAAGAGCAAGGAGUGGAAGGACUUCUGGGACCUGGAACUGGGAGUCACUUACAUUCCAUGGUCUAAGCUCAGCACUGAUACAGACUUUGACAGCCUGGAGGAGGGUGGCAUGUUCGACGAGGACACCAUGCCUGGAUGGAUGAAGCAGAAAAUUAACCAAGUAAAAAAUGUCGGAAAGGACAAUAAGAGUACGCCCGUCGCGGAUGCGGUACCCGUUGGUGUUGCGCCACCUGGCAUGAUCUUUGGCAUUGAUACGACUCAACCGCCCCCGGUGGGGCCCGUGGGACCAGUGGGAGGGCCUGUAGGUCCGCCACCAGGACCAGGAGCGCCGCCACCUCCAUCGCUCAUGGGGAUAGUUGGCAGGGGUCAAUUCCCGAUGGGCCCGCCUAUGGGCAUUAAUAUGCCACCACCAAUGAUGAUGCCGCCAACCAACAUGCCACCUCCGAUGAUGAUGCCAACUACCAAUAUGCCCCCGCCGAUGAUGAUGCCACCGGCGAUGAUGCCUCCCGGAUUUCCAGGCAUUGGUGGACCUCCGCAUCCCAUGGGCUUGCCUCCAGGAAAUCCGUUCCCACCACCAGGUGCCACCUUGCCGCUACCCAUAUCCAGCGGAGGACCGCCAUCGUCUGCAAAUAGUGGCAACGUGAGCGACGAUCAAAUGGACAUCGAAAUGGACCUUGAGGAAGCUCCGCCUCCAUUGCCGUCCCAACAGCAGGCAGCCGCCUUCAACCCAUCGCCCAAUAGUGUCGAUGUGGCAGUUGCUGCUGUGGCAAACGAGAUGUUCCAACAACGGGAACGGGAGCGGGAUAGGGACCGCUCUCGAGGGCAAGCCAACUCGCGUUGGGGCGGACGGGAUGAAGUGGUUGAGCAGUCGGAUCGUUGGCGCCCCGAGAAUGGCGGCGGUAAUGGUGGACCGGGACCGGGACCUGGUCCAGGACCUGGACCGAACGCGGCAUUUAAUGAGGCCCGGGCGCGUCUAAAUCUAAAUCCUAUUGAUCACGGAAUGCCCCGGCCAGACUUCUUGGACUUUGAUAAUCGCGGUGGACCAGGGGGUCCGCGGGGCAUGGUGGGACCGCGUGGGAGCCACAAUGGCGGACCAGGUGGUGACUUUUUCCCGCCCAACAUGAAUCACAAUCGAUUCAAUCAGCCCACCAGCCUAAUGCAGAUGCGGAUUCCGCCGCCGGCUGCCUUUAACCAGCAGCGUAUGGGCGGACCACCUGGAAAUGGUGGUGGCAACGGUGUCGGACCCAUGUUCAUGCGGAAUCAAGGGGGCGGUGGACCAGGUGGUCCUCCAGGAGGUGGACGACAACAGGGACCAGGUUUCUUUAAUCCGCGAAACCCCUUUAAUGACAACCAACAACGUGGACGAGGAGGUCCGGGAGGAGGAGGCCCAGGAGGACGAGGCAUGGGCGGCGGCGGAGGAGGGCCUGGCCCCGGCGGUCGAGGUCGUUGGAGUGACGAUGAAGACGAGGCCGGAAACAAUUUCAAGCGCCGGGGCGGACCAGGAGGUGGUCCUGGUCCAGGCGGAAAUAGGUUCCGUAGUGAACGCGGUGGAGAAAUGGCUGAUGAUCGUCGUGCCAUGAACUCACGAGGUGGUGGACGCGGGGGACCACGAGAGGAUCGUGAGCGUCCAGGCUUUGGCAACAGACGAGGCUCGAGGGACGACAACAGCCGUCAUUCGAUUGGCUCCAUGGAAGAUGGUAGUAAUAAGAUGGCUCCGGAGUCAGAGCUGAAACCCAAGAAUGCAGAUAACGAAGAUUUAGCAAACGCCGAUAAAAGCGCACCACCGGCUUCCUCGGAGGCGGCUGAAGACACCGAGGAAGAUUGGGAUCGAGAACUCCAGGACUACGAAGCGAGAAUGGAGGCGCAGAAACCAGCGGAAGGUUCUGCUCAUCAUUCCUCGAGCGGCGAGCCCAUUCAGGAGAUUACGCAGACAGCGGCGGAGGAAGAUUUUGCAAAGCCAGCUGAUGUGGCGAGUGAUUCAUCAGUCCCGAAACCACAAGCAGAUGCAUCUCCCGCCUGUACGCCGCUUUACGAUGAGUUGCCACCUCCCACGGUCUCGGACCCAUCGUUUCAAGCUCAGUCUUCGAGAGCAGAUGAAGAAGUAGCAGAUGCUGCUCCUGCUGCUUCUGCCCCAUCGGUUCCGGAACCGGAGACUAUUCACAUAGAGGCUGCGCCCAAAGAAGAAUCGACUCCAACACCUUCGGCUGCUGAGAUCCAAGCGGAGGAGCCAUCAGCGGAUGCAUCAGCAGCUACUGAUGCCAAUGCAUAGGCGACAGACAGAUCAAGUGAAGAACAAACGCAUAUUUGAGUAAUUUCAAAAAGUGUAAUUUAUGAUUUUCCUUACCAAGUAACUUAAAUGUAAUACAUGCGAACGAAAUUUUACCAUUUUUAUCCUGAGAUUACGCAGCAUUUGUUGACGAGGUUGGGUCGCGGUCGCUUUUAAAAUCAGAACCAGUUUAUUUCGCGUAACACAACUAUAGAUACACGUACGUACAAUAGGAAACACAGAGAACUAGAUAUGUGGAGCAACAGAUUUACAGACAGAUAUAGAAAAUAAUUAGCAAAGGAAACGAAUUGUAUGGACAGGAAAUUGACAGGGGAGCAUCGUCAGUAGACGUAUUAGAAGCCCAAGAAGAAACAAAUCAGCAAUCGCAAGGCAACACUUGAAAUGUUUAUUAUUUUGUUAUGUAUUUAGUUUUAAGAGUCUAUUUAACACUCAGAUUGUUUAUAAUGCGAAGAUAUUAGGUACACGCAUAAUAAUGUACAAUUCAAAUAUACCUAUACUAUAUCGGAUACUAUAAAAUAAAAAGUAAAAACAUCAA